GCCUGUUCAGAUAAUUUUAGUCCUAAAAAACUAAUUUCUUUUUUGUAAUGUCCCAUGUUUCUGAAUAAUAUACAACAGCAAUGGAAGACAAUGAGGGAAAAGAAUUUGCGGCUCUCGGUGUGAAGAAAUGGCUAAUAAAACAACUAUUCAGUCUUGGAAUCAAGACACCCACUCCAAUCCAAAAAGGUUGUAUUAAAGAGAUACUGGAAGGCAAUGACUGCAUAGGUGCAGCAAAGACGGGCUCGGGGAAAACGUUCGCGUUCGCUCUACCCAUACUACAGAACUUGGCAGAGGACCCUUAUGGGAUUUUUGCGUUAGUUUUAACACCUACACAUGAGCUGGCAUACCAGAUAGCAGACCAAUUCACCAUCCUCGGGCAGCCCCUCUCCCUCCGAGUGUGCAUAGUAACUGGUGGUUCAGACCAACUGGAAGAGUCCCUGAAGCUUGCCAAGAGACCCCACAUAGUGGUAGCCAUGCCGGGCCGCCUGGCUGACCACAUCACUGGCUGCGACACAUUCUCUUUAAAGAAGAUCAAAUAUUUGGUGUUGGAUGAAGCUGACAGGCUAUUCAGUGAAUCAUUCACAGAUGACUUGGAGACAAUAUUCAGUGUGUUGCCAGCUAAGAGACAGAACUUACUCUUCUCAGCCACUAUUUCUGAUGAAGUCAGAGACUCUAAAAUACUUCCCGUGAACAAAGAAAAACUCGUAAUAUGGAAGGAAACUGAUUCUCAACUGACUGUGUCCACACUGGACCAGCGAUACGCGGUAUGCCCCGCGUACGCUCGCGACGUGUAUCUAGUGCAGGCUCUCAGGAAAUAUCGCGAGACCAAACCGAGCGCGCAUGUACUGGUUUUCACUGAUACCAAAAAAGAAUGCCAAGUCCUCUCAAUGAUGCUAAACGCCAUCGGUAUGGACAACGUGUGUCUCCACGGCUUCAUGCGGCAGAAGGAACGCGUGUCCGCGCUCGCGCAGUUUCGGAGCAACCUGAAGUGCACGCUCGUGGCCACUAACGUGGCGGCCAGGGGGCUCGACAUACCCACGGUGGACCUGGUGGUUAAUCAUAAGCUGCCGACGGAGCCUAGGGAGUAUAUACACAGGGUGGGCCGAACAGCGCGGGCGGGACGCACUGGGAUGGCGAUCUCGCUGAUCACGCCGUACGACAUUCUGAGACUGGGCGAGAUCGAAGCACACAUCAACACCAAACUUACUGAGUUCAAAAUUGACGAUGACGAAGCAGUAAAAGUGUUCACCACAGUGAGCGUCACUCGGCGGGAGCAAGAGGCACAACUCGACAAUGAGGAGUUUGAGGAGCGGAAGAGGAGCUACAGGGUGAAGAGGUGGAUCCAAGCUGGGGUGGACCCUGACGCCAUGGAAGCUGGGUUAGUAGUUUUAUUGUUUACAACAGUGACCGUCAGGCGGGAGCAAGAGGCACAACUCGACAAUGAGGAGUUUGAGGAGCGGAAGAGGAGCUACAGGGUGAAGAGGUGGAUCCAAGCUGGGGUGGACCCUGACGCCAUGGAAGCUGGAUUAGAAGAAAUGCGUCGCAAGCGCAUCAAGGCCGCCAAAAAGGCCAAAUUAGCUAAAAUCAAGCAACUACAAUCGCAAAUGAAGAACGAGACAGAAGAUCGACUCCAGCCUGAAGACAUAGACGCCAGCAUCAAAGAGGGGUUCAAGAAAGUCAACAAGAGCUUGAUGAAGAAGGAUGACAGGUUCAAGGAUGUGAUAGGGAAGAUAAGCAAGAUCAAGCGGAAAGCGGAGAAGGUCAGUACCCAGAAAGAACCCGGGAAGAAAAAGAAGAAAGUUAAUAAAUAAAUUUGCUGGUGUAA